ACAAGUCAAUUACCACUUUGGUGAGUUGAAGAAAUAUAACAUUUUUAUGUAUUUUUUGAGCAUUUUUCGUACGGGUAAGUACGAAAUGGAGAGAUUAAUCUUGGUAUUGUCAUUACUGUCAUGAUUAUUAACCACUUACCGCUAAUGAUUAAUCACUUACCCACGAAGGAAAGAAGAAGCAAAAAGCAGUUGCGGCGGAGGAUUCAAUUAGCGCUUAUCCAUCAAACCCAAGAAAGAGAAGGAAACUUGAUCUGGGUCAAAACUUCUAAGCUUCGAUUUCUGCUAUAUACAGAUGUGUGUUUAUAUUUUUUUUAUAGUUGGAAUCGAUUCAUAAGCAUAUGAUGUACAGUUCUUUCAGUGGUUGGAUCAGUGAGUUUCUUGCUUUCAUGGGGGGUUGUUUUGGUUGCUAUGUGAAAUCCCAUCCAAUUAUUGCUGUUGAUGAGCCAUCAAAGGGACUAAGAAUUCAAGGGCGCGUGGUGAACAAACCCAGUAUAUCAGAAGAUUUUUGGAGCACCAGCACAUGGGAGAUGGACAAUAGUACAGUUCAGUCCAAAAGAAGUAUAUCAUCUGUCAGUGUAUCAACCCAGAACCUCAGUCAGUACAGUGGCACUGGCAGCACUAGCAACCAUUCUGAAUUUAUAAAUCAUGGUUUACUUCACUGGAACCAGACUAGGCUUCAGUGGACUGAAAGUAAAAGGCAUGAGAAGCCAAGACGAAUUUGGGAACCCAUAUUAAGUUGGAAUGCAACUUAUGAAAGCUUACUUGGGACUAGCAGACGUUUCCCUCAGCCAAUCCCACUCGCUGAGAUAGUUGACUUUUUAUCGGACAUAUGGGAGCAAGAGGGUUUGUAUGAUUGACAAUGCUGAUCUUGGACAAUAUUUUAGGUUUAUUUAUGGGAUGUUCUGUAAGUUUUCACUCUUAUAGCUUUGGUGUAUAGCUUUAGACUUUACAAUAAAAAAAAAAAAAGGGAAAGAUUAAGUAUGAGUGUUUCUCUGUCAAUUGCUAUGCCCCUCCAACUGUUCUCCCCCCUAUUUUUACCUGUAUAUGGCUAUUGAGCAUAUCCCUCCAUUGUAUAUUCUAAAAUAUGCAGCUCCAUAUAGGACCCAUGUAAAUUGAUUACUUGAUUGUGCCCAGAAAUGUUGGCUGUCUCAUUUUAGUUGUAUUUUGCAUAUCUAAUACAAGAAGGUAUGUUAAAGCGAGC